UAUCUAAUUCCUAUUCUAAUGAAUCAAAUCAUAUAAUUAAUACAUAUUAUUUAAGGUGGUCAAAUUGAGAAAUACCAACGUAAUUCAUAUAGCAACCAAAAGCAUUGUACUUUAUCUGACGCCCAAACAGAAAUGAUUUCAAUUAUUUCUUAUUGACCUUCUAGACUCUUUUUAUACUGAUAAGAAAUGCAAACUAGUAAUGAUAAGUGUUUUGUUUAAUUUGUGAAUCUUCAUUGUUAUAUCUGAUCUUUUCGGUUGACUAUUACAUAUACUUAAGUAUUAUCAGUUAUCACUAUCUUUAGAAACAAGUGAACAACAAAAUGAAAUUGUUAGAGAAGAAAUUUACGAAACUUAUAUCCCACACCAGAUCAAUUAGUGUAAAAGUACCAGAAAUUCGCAUUUACGAAGUAGGACCAAGAGAUGGUCUUCAAAAUGAAGCUAAAUUCGUACCAACAGAGAUAAAAGUUGAGCUGAUCCACAGAUUAGCAGAUGCAGGUAUAAAAGACAUAGAGAGUGCCAGUUUUGUCAGUCCAAAAUGGGUUAAACAAAUGAGUGACGGUUUAGAUGUAAUGAAGACAAUUAAGAGGACCCCUGGUGUUAAUUAUCCUGUAUUAAUGCCCAAUAUUAAAGGCUAUGAAAUCGCUAAAAAGUGCAAUAUUGAAGAGAUUGCUAUAUUUCCAGCCGGUUCCGAAGGUUUUUCUCAGAAGAACCUCAAUUGUUCUGUAGCAGAAGGACUGAAAAGGUUCAAGGAUGUGGCUGAUGUAGCAAUAAAAGAUGGUGUGCGGGUACGAGGGUACGUCUCAUGUGUUGUUGGCUGUCCUUAUGAUGGCCCAAUUAGCCCAAAAACCAUAGCUAAGAUAACUGAGGAGUUGCUGUCAAUGGGAUGCUACGAGAUAUCCCUGGGUGACACCAUUGGUGUGGGUACCGCUGGCUCUGUACAGAAGCUGAUGAGGGAAGUUCUCACUGUAACCACUCCUGAUAAGUUAGCUUUACACUUCCAUGAUACGUAUGGCCAGGGACUGAGUAACCUACUAGCUGGAUUGGAGUUCGGCGUGAGGACAGUGGACUCAUCAAUUUCCGGGCUGGGCGGGUGUCCGUACGCGCGGGGAGCGAGCGGGAAUCUCGCGACGGAGGACCUCGUCUACUUCCUCUACGGCCUAGGGGUCAACACCGAUAUAGACUUGCUCAAGCUGGUCGAAGCCGGCCGAUUCAUUUCCAACUUCCUCGCCAAGCCCCCGGAGUCCCGAGUCAAUCGCGCCCUCGGCGACAAGUUCAAGGACAACCGCGCAAUCGUCGACACGGCCGCCUGCAACGUUUAAACGACGAGCAUGUAAACACUAUCGAAAAUAAAAUGUAUGAUUAAAGCGUG